AUGUGUGCUGCUAGAUCUUCGGGGCUUUUACCAGCUUGGACUGGGAUGAUUGUUAGAAUAUUUGAACAUUGCACAGAGCAGCAUCAAAAGCGUGCGCUCUCUCUCUUUCUCUCCGCCCACGUGCUGGCUGCGUCUCAACAAUCACUCACGCCGUCGUCGGUUUUCUCCGCCCACGGCUGCUUCCAACGGAUGGCCACCACGGAGUCCGAUCACGAUUACGACUUUCCGAAUCUCGAUUACGACCUCCGCUAUCUGAGCCUCGCCGGAACCGAUGCCUUCGCCGCCUUCCAAAAUCUAUUACCGGAUUCUAUCACUUCAUUUUCAACUUGUGGACUGACAGACCCUUUUUCUUCCCAAAACCUCACUCCCAAGCAUUCCACCAUCACUGCCACAAUUGAUUCUCAGUCAUCCAUUUGUGGCACUGCUAAUGUUGGUAGUCCAGUGUCAGCUAAUAAACCAGAGGGCAGAAAGAAUCAUACGAAAGGAGCCACAAGUGGUUCCUCUGAGCCAUCUGAUGAAGAUGAUGAAGCAGGUCCUUGUGAACAUAGCACAAAUGCAGUUGAUAUGAAGCGUCUUAGAAGGAAGGUUUCUAAUCGCGAUUCUGCCAGAAGGUCAAGAAGAAGAAAACAAGCGCAGUUGGCUGACCUAGAGCUGCAGGUUGAAAAACUGAAAGUGGAAAAUGCAACCCUGUACAAGCAGUUCAAUGAUGCUAGUCAACAUUUUCGCGAGGCUGAUACGAACAACCGGGUGCUAAAAUCAGACGUAGAAGCCUUGAGAGCUAAGGUGAAGUUAGCAGAAGACAUGGUGACUAGGGGCUCUUUCACUACGUUAAACAAUCAGCUUCUUCCCACACAGUGUCAAAUGAGCACGCCCCCGCCGCUAAACACGACUAAUCUGCGCCACAUGGCACAUGUUUCGCCAACCAUCACUGUGCAUGGAAAUGAUGGCUCAUACAAUGGUGCCACAGUUUGUGGACAGAAUUCAGACCUUGGAAACUUGGACAUGUGUUUCAACGGCAUGAACAAUGUGAAUGGAGUUAUGAGCGAUGGCAUGAGUUGUGGGACAACUUCUGCACAACCUAUUGCAAUAUUACUCUGCAUGAUUAAAUUUUAUGCACAUUUAUAUGCUUUCUAUUACUGCUUCUAUGCCAGAACUAUUCAUGAGUGA